AGGUUAGUCUGGGGCAACAGGAGACAGCACUGCACUGAUUUGCUUUCUUAUAGAUUUUAUUUAAUUUAAGGAUAUCGAUCCUGGCUGACUUGGGAAACCAGAGUGAAUUGAAUGUGAUUUAGUUUGAACAAAACAUUCUUAAAUUCAUUUUCAAACAAUCACAAAGUCUCAAAACAUACAUAGAAUGGUAGUGGGUAAAAAGGUAACAAAAGAUAGUAUUCUUCCAUCUGUUUGUGAAGAUGAUGGAGAUGAAGGUGGAAAAGAAGAGGAUUUGGGAGGGAUUGCAAGCAGGCCGGUCAGCAGACCCAGAAGUCUCUACAGCAGAGGAAGUGUUGAUGGCCAAAGAGUGCCUAGAUCCCCCAGCCAGCAUCAAAGCAUAAAAUUGGUCCAUCAGGUUGAAGAUUAUACAAAUGAAGAAGACGAGGUGGAGGAAGGUCGAGGCCACCCAGGUGAUGGACAGCAGCAGGAGGGAGAGUGUGUCAUCGGUGACGAAGAUUUUGACACAGACCUGGAACUCGACAGAUUUCACAAUGAAAAACAAGCAUAUGACCCUACAGGCCAGUCUCACUACAGAGAGGCUUGUAAGAUGCUGAACGUAACUCCUGUGUCCUACUUCCUCCGAAAUAUGAACCAGAGUGAACUCAACAUGAUGCAUUGUGGUUUGGGCUCACAGGGUACCAAAGCUCUGGCGGUUUCUUUGGUAACCAACACCUCCAUUCUGAAACUGAAUCUACGAGAUAAUUGGAUGGAGGGAAUGGGCGCGGCUGCCAUCGCUGACAUGCUCAAAGAGAAUUGCUACAUCACAGAAAUUGAUUUGUCUGAAAACCGAAUGGGCGAACAUGGAGCCAGGGCUUUGUCCAGCAUGCUGUUGGAAAACACUACUCUAGUCUCUCUCAACCUCUCCGGGAACCAUCUGGACGAGCGAGCGGCCAGACACCUGUCUCCAGCUCUGAUCGCCAACCAGAAACUUCAGCACCUCGACCUGAGUCACAACAGAUUCGGAGAUAUGGCAGGGGAAAUCCUGGGUGCUGCUAUUGCCGAGAACACAGCAAUGAAGUCACUCAAUCUGGCUUGGAACUGCGUUCGAGGAAAAGGAGCCAUUGCAUUUGCCGAAGGCCUAGGGGGAAAUAUCUUCUUGCGGACCCUGGAUUUGUCGUACAACGGACUGGGCAAAGAAGGAGCCGUGGCUCUAGAGGAAGCACUCAAACACAACAAUACACUGGAGGAUCUCAACAUUAGCAAUAAUCGCAUACCCUUUGAAGGAGCCAUCCAUUUUGCGUUGGGCCUCAAAGUGAACUCAACUCUACGAAUUCUCAAAAUGUCUAGGAACCCAAUGCAGUCAGCGGGAUGCUUCGCCAUUCUAAAAUCUGUUCAAGCAAACCCAGAAUCUGCAGUUGAGUUCUUGGACUUCUCUGACAUUUGCGUGGACCAAGAAUUUGAAGACUUAUUCAACAGCACCAAAGAAACGCUCCCAAACCUUCAAGUGAAACAUGGUGGAAAAAUUAAUGCUGCAUUUAAAAAGAGCUGAAAUUUAUUUAAAAAGAAAAACAAACAUUGUGGACAAUCCAUAUAGGCAUGUAGAACGGCAAAUGUAUUUUUGAACUUGCAUACAACUGAGAUUAAACUGAUUUGAAUCUAGCCUCACACUCCUCCACAUGGAAAAUUGGAUCAAGUCAUAGUUGAUGGAUCAUGGUUUCUGGCGUUAAGGGAACAAAGGUUCAGUAGAAUGAUGUUUAGAAAAGAAUUUGAUGGCAUUAGUGACCUUAGGCUUUAAAACAUAUUUAACAAAAUGGGUACUGACAUGAUGUGAGGAGCAAUGACAAGACAGACUUUGUGUAAAACAACAUUUACCUAAUUCUUUUUAUGUUUGGGAUCUUUUUU